AUGUUUGUGCUGAAUAUCCACCAAGGAAAGUGCAUCUGCCGGGACAACACGGCUGGGGACAACUGUGAGCUGUGCGCCCGCGGGUUCUACGGCAACGCGCUGGGUGGCGAGCCGGACGACUGCAAGCCGUGUCCGUGCCCGGGCCAGGGCGCCUGCAUUGAGCUGUACGAGGACACGGUCGCCUGCCUCGAGUGUCCCACCGGAUACACCGGUCACAAGUGCGACAUCUGCAUCGACGGCUGGUUCGGCGAGCCCGACAACGAGAUGCCGUGCCGAGAGUGCGACUGCAACGGCAACGUUGACCCCAACGCCGUCGGCAACUGCAACCGCACCAGCGGCGAGUGCCUCAAGUGCAUCCACGACACGGCCGGCUUCAGCUGCGACCGCUGCCUGCCGGGCUACUUCGGCGACCCUCUGGCGCUACCCAAGGGUGACUGCCGCACUUGCGGAUGUAACCCGGUGGGCACCAUGCAGCUGGAGGAUGAGCCGGAGGGGCCGUACCUCUGCGACCAGCUGUCCGGACAGUGCCAGUGCAAGGCGUUCGUGGCCGGCGAGAAGUGCGAACGCUGCGUGAACGGCUACUGGAACAUCCUCAGCGGCCAGGGCUGCGAGGAGUGCGACUGCGACCCGGUCGGCUCGUUCAACACCAGCUGCGACAUCAGCAGCGGCCAGUGCUUCUGCCGAGAGGGCGUGGUGGGCCGCAAGUGUGACCAGUGCGCCGUCAACAUGUUCGGCUUCUCGCGCGAGGGCUGCCUGCCGUGCACCUGCGACCCGAUCGGCUCCCUGGAGCUGCAGUGCGCCCCCGAUGGCCAGUGCCCGUGCCGAGAGAACGUCGAGGGGAUACACUGUGACCGCUGCAAGGAGAACAAGUAUGACCGCCAGGCCGGCUGCCGAGACUGCCCGCCCUGCUACACGCUGGUGCAGGAGGCCGUAGACGCGCACCGCGUCAAGCUGCAGCAGCUGUCGGCGCUCAUCUCGAACGUCACGGAUAACCCGGCGCUGCCCGACGACCGCGAGUUCGAGCAGCGUCUUCAGGAGGUGGUCACCGUCACCGAGCAGCUGUUCAAGUCGGCGGAGCAGGCCACCAGCGGCGAGCGCUCCCCGCUCGAGCUGCUCGACGAGAUGCAGGAGCGCCUCGAUGAGGUGAAGCAGCUGGCCGGCAAGAUCGCGACGCACAUGGAGGAGACGCGCGUGCUGUCGGUGCAAGGCGAGCGCAACACCUCCGAGGCGCAGCAGCUGAUGGAGCGGCUGGAGCAGGUGGUGCGCGAGACUCAGCUCUUCCUCGAGCGCGACGGCGCCGACGCGUUGCGGCGCGCCGUCGAGCAGUCCAAGCAGUUCGGCAUCCAGAGCGGGCGCAUGUCGGAGAUAGCGCGCGAGGCGCGCGGCUUGGCUGACCAGCAUGAGCUGAGCGCCGACCAGGUGGCGGACGUGGCCGACGCGGCCGUCACCAACGCCACGGCGGCGUACGACCUCGCCUAUCGUGUCAUCGAGCAGCAGCGUAACUUCAGCAAUGAGAUCCAGCUGCUGCACAACAGCCUGGACAGCACAGAACAGCUGAUAGGGCAGACGCGCGGCCAGGCCGAGGAGGCGCAGCGUGACGCCACCGACGCCUACGACGCCGCGCUCAACGUGUACGCCGAAGCCAAGUCCGGCUUCGCUGACGUCGAUGUCGACAGCCUCAAGAAGCGCGCCGACGAGUUGAAGACCGAGGUGCAACGCCUGAAGGCCGACCUGGAGGUGCUGACGUCGGAGCACGAGCCGCUGCUGGACGAGCUGGAGCAGAACGCCGACACAGUGGCCGAGCUGCUGGACCGUGGCCUAGCCCAGCAGCAGGCGGCCGACGAGCUCAUGGCCGACGUGGACGCCGCGCGCGACAAGGCGGAGAAGGCAGUGGUGGCCGGCGAGAAGACGCUGGAGGAGGCGCGCAAGACCUUGGAGACGCUGCAGGGCUUCGACCGCCAGGUGCAAGAGUCGCGCGAGCUGGCCAGCGAGGCGCUGCGCGAGGUGGACCAGAUCGCAGAGCAGAUCGCCGAGGCCGAGCGCAAGACGGCGGAUGCGCGCGAAGCACUGCAGGGCGCCGAAUCCAACGCCGAGUUCGCGCGCGACAUGGCCGCCGAAGCUGAAGCCAUGGCUCAGCAGGCGCAGCAGGAGGCCACCGAGAUCCAGACGGAGUCGGCCAAGACCAGGGAGGAGGCGGACGGCCUGCGGGAGGCCGCCGUCGGCAUGGUCGUCCAGGUGUCGGACACCACCGCCAGCGUGGAGGCCUACGAGCAGCAGCUGAGUUCAGACAGCAAGCUCGCGCUGGAGGCCCGCCAGAAGGCCAACCAGGCCAAGUCGAGCGCGGAGGCGGCCUCGGCGAAGGUGGACGCGGCGCUGGCUGUGGUGCGGGAGGUACAACAGGCGCUGAGGGCCGCCGGCGACAUCGACUCGGCGGCGCUGGACCAGCUGGAGAGCCGACUUCAGGAGGCGGAGCGCGAGCUUGACGAGGCGCAGCUGCAGCAGCGGCUGGAUGCGUUGCGCACCAACCGCACCCAGCAGGACCGCAUGCUGCGCGACUACGAGGAGCAGCUGGCGCUGCUGCGGGACGAGGUGGCCAACAUCGAGGAGAUCGCCGACGCGCUGCCCACCGCGUGCUACGCCCGGGUCAAGCUGGAGCCCUGACGUGGCGGCGCGCGUCGCUUCACACAAUCACCCCACUGCCUCAGUGCCAAAAGACAGCGCGCGCGGCGGUCGGUCGAGCUUGCUUGCGCGGCGCGGACGGGGGCGCGGUGGGACCGCCUGCCGCGGGCGCUUCUCUCACGGGGAGGCCCGCGCAUGCGCCUGGGCGCCCGGCCGCGCACUGCCACUGGUGCUAUUUGAAGUAUUACCCCGUUUUUUACUCGAUGAGCUGCGUCGUGACUCGUGUUGUACUGAGAGAGGCGGGGUCGUGUUCGUGUCGGCCUUCGUGGUAAACGAUAUGCAUGCCCGUCAAAAUAUCGCCGGUGUUUGAUGGAAUACAUGCCAACUGUCAGUGGGCUGGAGAGUUG